CACCAUGUUUUUUGCGACCGUGGCUGAGGCAGAUUUUGACACUGAGCAGCUUUCUCCAUUUGUGCUGCAAGGCUUCACAUGCGGCACGGUUAAGAAAAUGACAAAAGCCAAAAUCAGUCAGUUGAUUCACGCCUGCAGGCCGAGGAAAGGCAGGGCUAAGGUGGAGCUGAAGGAACCUCAGUUGACCUGCAUGUACAACCUGAUCCGUGGCGACCUCUCUCAGAACUUCAUUGAUUACCCUUCAGACAUGCUUCUCUACUUGGACUCCAAAAAUGUCCAGAAAGCAAACUGCAGGUCCUACUUCUCUGCCCUGGGUGCUACAGACUUCUCUGUGGCCUCCAGCAUCUUGAACAAGGGCCCACAGAAGUUCAGGGAAGCUAGAGACUGCCUGGGGAUCAGUGAUGUCAGCCUGAGCAGAGACAAUGUGGAGGUCCUGGGGAACAUGGUCUGCUCUCUGGAUAGAGCCGACAUUGAAAACUCAGAUCCUCUCAUCCUGGAAAAACUCAAAGCCUGCAAAGACCUCUCUGCCAGCCAAGUGGCUGCUGUGGAAACACUACUGCUGUCUGGGAAAACACAAUACRGGUACUAAAGAUAUUAAUACAGUCAUUU